CGGAACUUUUGACCUUCUUUCCCUUUGCAGGAGGCCAUCUUGCGAAAUACACGGGGGCCAAUCGACACCACGUCGAGCGAGAGACAUUCCGGGGAACCGGUGCAUCGUUCUAUCCAUGCCCAGUUCUGGAUCUGGAGAGCCGAACAAUUCUUCUCGAGUCAACUCAACCUCCGAGAAACCCAUUCCAUCCCCAAUCUGGACCAAGAGACAUCGCGACGACCUCCUCCGUGAGGGCGAACGGCUCUUCAAAUGCCCGACCCAACACCGGUUUACAAGCCUAACACACUGUGCACAAUCGAUCCAAAACACUUGCGCGUACUGUACGUAGCUACAUCCGUCUGGACCAAUAUAAGCACGAACGUGAAAAUGCAUCUCGUCGACCAUAUGCGGUUAUACAUUCACUGGCCACUAGCCGACAAGAAGUUGAAGAUGAUUCAAAGCACUCGGUACACAUCGUCGGCGACGCGCUUGAAUGUGAAGACGACGGUGGACUGGCGGAGGGAGGGAGCGAUAUACAGUGGAGGAAGGGAGCGAUACAGUGGUCUGCGCGAGAUACCGACUCAGCGCUUCUAUCAGUGUACUCGCAGGUUGGGAGCCACUGUCACCAUUUCACUCGGCGCUCUUGCUGUUUGCCGCCGCCGCCGCCAUGUGCUCCCGGCUCACAGGCCCGGUAACGUUUCACCAACACCACCAUCCCACCAUCCCACAUCCAACCAAUCAUCCAAUAAGGCACUGCGUCUAGUAGGGGAUCAACAACUCACUCGGCGAGACGGAGGAGGACCUGGUCGACGCUCGGCGCUCUCCACAGUCCGAUCUGCGGAACGCCUCAACCCCGUCCGCCGUGCUCACACCUCGGACCUAUCUCACAAUUAAGCAGUCUGGCCUCAUCGCUAUUGUAGCGGACGAACGCUGCCGUAGGGGGAGCUCGCGAUGUGGUCAGUCAGUCCCGGGUGGUAUGCCGCUCAGACUGCCGAGCCGAGCG